AUCACUUUUGGGACCUGUUUAUAUCAUGAUUCCGACUUUUAGAUUUUGUCUUGACAUAAAAACAUAUUCAGCAUUAAUCCUAAUCGAGCCUGGAUUCAAACCCCUGGCCUAGACACCCCCCCCCCUUUUCCCUUAACUCUUUUCUUUUUCAGCACUUUAAUGCGUGCGCGAGAAGUUGUGGGUGACGUCACACUUCUAAUUUGCAUGCCCAAUUUCGAGCCCUUGCAUGAUUUUAUGACGUAUAGAUAGAGGUAAUAUAGUGUUACGUAUUAUUCCCUGUACACCCACCAGAGCAGUGUGUUUCUUUGUAGUUGAUUGGUUUCAUUGAUUCCCAUCGCUUUACAGCUAUAGGAUGUUGAGGUUCUCUUUGGGAGGGACACGGUUGGUCAGGAUUAGGAACGAACGAGUACAUCAGAGGGACGGUUCAUGUUGGACGUUUGGGCGGGACAGCGUUAGGGAGGUCAGAUUAAGAUGGUUUGGACAUGUUCAGAGGAGGGAGAGUGAGUAUAUUGGUAGGAGAAUGUUGGACAUGGUGCUGCCAGGCAGGAGGCAAAGAGGAAGGCCAAAGAGGAGGAAUAUGGAUGGAAUAAAUGAGGAUAUGAAGCUAGUGGGUGCAAGUGUUGAGGAUGGAGAAGAUAGGGAUAGGUGGAGAGAGAUGAUUCACUGAAGGGAAAAGCCCAAAGAAGCAGAAGAAGAUAGCUAUGUUUGAAUGUUGUAAAGGAUCCGUGAAACAAAGUUAGUUUCACUUAUCACUUGCGCUACAGCAGCUGUAAACAAUCUAUUACCUGAUCAUCAACCUCAUCAAUUUUUUCCUGAAGUUUUUCCCAUGGUUGAAAACUUAGUUACAAAUCAUUUAUACUGGAGACUCUUUCCAAAUUUGUUAUAAAGACUUGAUUAUAUUUUUUUGUUUUGUUUAGUUUUCCCCCCAAAAAAAUAAUUUAAUUACACAUUAUUGGGGUCCAGUGUACAAGUUCCUAAGUAAGCGAGAAAAUAUAGAAUUAGACAAAGCUCAGUGAUGAAUUAUUACGAACACACACACACUGGCUUUAACACACCUGAAUGAGGUCAUCAUGUAAUCAUCACACCGGACAUGAGCUGCAGUGUGAGGCCGGGUGUGUUGGAGCAGGGAGGACAGAAAGACGUGAAGUGGAGCAGCAGAACGGGACUGGAACAGUUAACACAGAUAUUUGUCUCCCACCCUCGUGGUGCGAGCAAUCCCGACCUCGUUUUUCAAGCCAGGCUCGUGCACGGAGCUGCCGGUUAUCCAUCCAUGAUGUCUGAAGGAGAAGCAAAACAAGCUCCGGCUCAGACCUCCGCCAUGGAGGCGAAAUCCGAGGCAGCGGCCCCCACGCCCACCGCUCAAGGCGUCUCGUCGGUGUCUCCCCCAGUGUCCACGGUAACGCAGGCUCCGCCGGCACCUACGACAGCGACCGAAGACGAAGAAGAGGAGAGCGAAGACGAGUCCGAGAUCCUGGAAGAGAGCCCGUGUGGACGCUGGCAGAAGCGCAGAGAGGAGGUUAACCAGAGAAACGUUCCAGGCAUCGACAACGCCUACCUGGCCAUGGACACAGAGGAGGGAGUGGAGGUGGUGUGGAAUGAGGUCAUGUUCUCCGAAAGGAAGAACUUCAAACUGCAGGAGGAAAAAGUGAAGGCAGUUUUUGAUAACCUGAUUCAGCUGGAGCAUCUGAAUAUCGUGAAGUUUCACAAGUACUGGGCCGACGUGAAGGAGAACAGAGCCAGAGUUAUUUUUAUAACAGAGUACAUGUCCUCAGGGAGUCUGAAGCAGUUUCUGAAAAAGACAAAGAAAAACCACAAGACUAUGAAUGAAAAGGCAUGGAAACGGUGGUGUACUCAGAUAUUAUCUGCUUUAAGUUAUCUGCAUUCAUGUGACCCCCCCAUCAUCCAUGGGAACCUGACCUGUGACACCAUCUUCAUACAGCACAAUGGCCUCAUCAAGAUCGGCUCAGUUGCUCCAGACACCAUUAAUAAUCACGUUAAAACAUGUCGGGAGGAACAGAAGAGUUUGCAUUUCUUUGCACCGGAAUAUGGAUAUGUUACCAACGUCACCACAGCCGUGGACAUUUAUUCCUUCGGAAUGUGCGCCUUAGAGAUGGCCGUGCUGGAGAUUAGUAACGGAGAGUCGUCGUACGUGUCGCCGGAAGCCAUUAACAGUGCCAUUCAGUCUUUGGAGGAUCCCUUGCAGAGAGAGUUUAUUCAGAAGUGUCUGGAGACGGACCCCAGUAAAAGGCCCACAGCUAGAGAGCUGCUUUUCCACCAGGCUCUGUUCGAGGUGCCUCAGCUCAAGCUCCUGGCGGCUCACUGUAUCGUCAGCCACCAGCACAUGAUCCCUGAAAACGCUUUAGAGGAAAUGACUAAGAACAUGGACCCCAAUCGGGUGAUCAUGGAGAGGAAGGAAAUGCAGCUGAAGUUGUCCCAGUUUCCAGCACUGGAGCUUGACAAGUUCCUUGAAGAUGUGAGGAACGGGAUCUAUCCGUUGACGGCGUUCGGCAUGCCUUGCCCUCAACAGCCCCAGCAAGAGACAGUGAAGUCCCCCAUCAUCCCGCCCUCUGUGAAAACCCCCACACCAGAACCUGCAGAACUCGAGACCCGGAAGGUGCUUCAGAUGCACUGCAACAUUGAGCCUGUGGAGGAAGGAGCGAAGCAUCACCUGACCUUACUGCUAAAGCUGGAAGAUAAGCUGAAUAGACAUUUGAGUUGCGAUUUGGCACCAAAUGAGAACGUGCAGGAGCUGGCAGUGGAGCUGGUCCAGCUUGGCUUCAUCAGCGAGGGCGACCAGCCGCGUCUCGCCACUGUGCUGGAGGAGGCCUUCACGAAGUUCUACAGCCGUAACGGCUCCCUGAACCCCGUUACCGUUUCCUCGUAGCAGUGGGUGGAGAUGUGCGCCUCUGUUCGCCGCCGCUCCUCAUCCUCACACACGGGACAAGACUCUAGCACUUGCUCACUCGACGGACCGGGUGGAAGCUAGGGGUAUUUUUUUCGCAGAAAAAAAAAAAAACGGAUCAGGAGACCUCGUCCGGCGCUCGCACGACGAUUUCCUGCAUUUCUGUUGUUCUUCACGCCGCUGUAGGUGGCAGAAAUCGUUGCCUGACGUUCGUGUACAUUCAUUUCUCUCUGUGUAGCCGCCACCUGCUUCUCUGAGAAAGUUAUUGUUCAUGUCAGUAUUACAAGCUGUGUUCUUUUUAUUUUAUUUUUUGUUUUUUGUUUUUUAUAUUAUUAUUAUUAUUAAUAUUACAUACAGUAUCUCUGUGGGAUGGGUCAUGGUUCAGGGUGUUUUUCUGUUUUGUUUUGUUUUUGUUUUUUUUUGAAUGGUUUAUUAGUGGAACAAGCCCUUUAUUUUUUUUAUUUUUUUUUAGAAAGAAAUGUGUGCGAAUGAUUCUGUCUCGGACGAGAGGGAACCCGUCGUUUACUGCUUUAUCAAGUUCUCACGACGCGCCAUGUGACCCGGUGGCAGUUGUUCAAGCUUUUAAAGGUGCAAUGGUUAAGGUUUUUUUCCUCUGUUCAACUUUAUAUCCAUUUUAAAAAAAAAAGGUCUGAACAUGAAACUGAAUGAAAGCGUCAUAAAGCCGUCGCUUCGCGUCUCCUAUUCGUGGUAGGUUUUUAUAAAAUUCUUCUCUCUCUCUCUCUCUCUCUCUCUCUCUCUCUCUCUCUCUCUCUCUCUCUCUCUGUGUUUGUGUAACCCUGUGGCAGAUGUAUCCCAAAGGUACGAUUAGGUGUUUGUUCUGUUACAAAGCGCUUUAUAUGCGCGUAAAUAUGUGGUUGCUGACGCUUUAAAGGAAAAAAAUCUUAAUUAGAGCAUCUUUACUAUAAUUAUAUAGAAUUAACUGUGGUUAAAUAAUGCAAAAUUUCACUUAAGCCAAUACUGUGAAAGGGAGGGGCUGUCAGUGUUGUUUUGGGGGUUUUUUGGGGGGGGGGGGUCGUAAAGGGAUGUGGGAUGGAGGAGGCGGAGUUUAGCAGAUUAUUUAUCAUUUACAUUCUAUACCUUGAGAUUCUCAGCGUUUUAGCAACUGUUUGUGAAUGUAUGAAUUUUUCAUUUGCUGUACAUUGUUACCCGUGAGGUGUGUUUGCGCGUGAAGGAAGGACACGCCCGAACGUUUUUUUGUUUUUUUUCUCUCCUCUCGCCGCUACUUUCACUAAUCUACAAAUUACAAUUCAGUUUAAUGAAAUGUGCCUUCUACAGACGAAGAGUCGAUAACGGUUUAAAACAGCAAAGGCGUUCGACACGGUUCCGCUCCCUGAUGUGUUGCUAGUGACAUGCUUUUUUGACACGCGUGCACGGAUCAAUAGAUCAGUCCAGCUACCUUUUUUGCUAACACUUGGAUGCAAAACAUGCUUUUCGCGCCUCUGAAGAUUUAAAGCGAGUCUGAUUUUUUUCUUUUUUUCUUUUUUCUUAAGCAGUGGAAGGUUUGAAGGGAAUGUUAACGGAGACGGUGUAGAAAUGUUUCUCUGUGGUCGCUGGUGUUUGGGUACAGAAGGUAAAAGGAGGUAAGGUAGAGGUCCAGCUUGUUGCUGGUUUGCACAUUUGUAAAGCAUCCCCCCCCCACACACAUACUGUAUAUGAAGACACUUGGGUUGUGAUUGUGUUGGGCUUCUGAACAUUUGCAGUUAAAAUGUCAACAAGGAUCUUUGGUGGAUCUUAAGAGCCGUUCUUGGCUUUUAGUAUUGUCCAGUUCAGAUUAGCAAACUUUGAUCGGUUGGUCAGUCAAUCAGUCGAUCAGGUGAGACAUCGUGGCUUCACUCAUUGAGUUAUAAAGAAGAGAAGAUGUGGAGUUCUGAUCAGCCGGAAAUUCAAUACAUCUAGCUUUUCUGUCAAGUGAAAGAAGCUAAACUUCAAAUUAUUAUAAAAACCACUCAGAAAUAGACACAUUUGUUCAGAAGCACAUCACACUCCUAUGUGCUGUACACACUGGCCAGAAACCAAUUAUUAUAAUGUUCAGUUUUGAGCUUCUCUCUUUCUCUGUUCUCGUUUUAUCUCCCAAAAAAAAACAGCAAGUAGCUGAUAACUGCUUUUACAACCCAGUUCUCUUUCUGUAUCUUUUCCUAAACAACAACGAAAACAAAAAAGUUGCACCAUUUCUUGAUUAUAAAGAUGACACUUCUUCAA